UGGGAAGAGGUGUUUUUUUAUUAUUGUCUACCUAUUUACAUGAAAAAUCGCAAUUUUAAAGUGAAUUUACGAAGAAAUAAUAAGUUGUCCUAAUCGAUAAUAAAAAAAUUGCACGUUGGCUUAGAAUAACACUCGUCAAAAUGUAAUUAUAAAAAUAAAAUAAUGAAAUAAGAUAAAAUACGUAAAGGAGAAAAAUAUAAGAAGAUACGUCUUUUUCAGUCCAGUCAAGACACUGAAACAUCAUGAAACAGCUUGCUGCCUGGUAUCAGAAAAAGAUAAGUUCGUAUGAUAAAGAAGAAUGGGAGACCAUGGUGGAACAGCUGUUGAUGAGGGGCACUUACCGGCGACGAAUUAUAGACUCGUCUUCUCAUGCCCGUUCUUAUCUUAUUGAUGUAGAUUUAGUUAGAGGUUCCUCGUUCCCAAAAGCGAAGCCUACGCUCGGCAUGCGCCGUGUAGUAUGGUUCGCACUUGUCCGCCUCGUGUUCUUGCCAGCGCUAUACCAAUGGUGGGCGCAACAAACCUCGCCGGCGUGUGCCAAAUUCCUAUUGUCCUUGUGGUUCCUUCAAGUACUCAAUAUAACAUUGAACUUUUUCACACCGACGAAUAUUGAGUUAGAUGCCAAUUGCUGGAUAGUCCCAAUGGUCCUAAUGAUUGUACUAAGCGUAGUGCACUCGCAAAUUGUAUGCACCACUGAAAUGGAGCUAGCCAGAGUUCGGCCAAGAUCUACUUACAGGAGAAAACUACCGAGAUAUUUUAGACGGACGCGUUCUUGUGACGAUGGUAGCGGCGUUGCUUCGGCUGAGAGUGGAGCGACUUCUAGUCAAAGUAAAACUCGUGUGACAAAACCGCCUAAGUAUCGUAGACGGGUCUCAAGGCCAGAUAUAGCUGAUGGUUUAAGGAAACGACGAAAGGAACCAACAAAAGAUAGUCCUCAAAGUGAUAGUCGCGAUUUAACCAAAGAAAAAUUACUCAAAAAGAAAGCAAAGGAUUCGGACGACGAAGACUAUAUGGCUUGGAAAAAACCUGAAGUUCCUCCUACUGAAACUUUAAACCCACCUCUUGAUAUCGCUGAAGCUAGCACAUCUUAUAAGCCGAAUGUUUUAACCAAGAAAUAUUUGGAAAUCUUCAAUGUACGACAAAAUCAGCAAGAAGAUUCUCCUAGGCCAAUAUUCGCGGAUGGAGACGAUGGUUUUGAAAGUCUUAAUGGAUACAAUUCGAGUGAAGGAGAUAAUCGCAAUAAAGAAAAAGCUCCAGAAGCUAACGUUGAGGAUAAAGAACCAAAUGUAGAAAAUCAGCAAAUACCCCAGGUCUCUUCAACAUCAAAAGAAACACGUAAAGUCAUUGAUAGUAACAGCGAUAGAGAUAAGAUCGAAAAAGACGACGAAAUAGAUGAGAAAUCAAAUGAUCCUGAUUCCGAUAAUGCAGUAACGACAAGCAGUCCCAAUACUGGCAAAAGAGCCGGUGUUCGUUUUAGGAACUCCUGGUCCACGGAGAAGCUAAAAAAAUUUGCAAAUGAUGAUGCCCGUCUUGAUAAACAAAAGAAAUUAGAAAAUUACCAGACAUCGUCGUCUGACGGGGAAUGCUCAGCUUCCGCGCCAUCCAUCGCACUGCCUUCGCACCAUACCAUGUCUGACUGGGUUGGGCAAAUCACUAACAGUGAAGAAAGCAGCUAUGAAUCGCAGUCUGAAGCCGGCCAUUCGGAUGUCGGCUUUCAUUAUACUGCAGAUAGCUCGUGGGAUCCCUUUGCUAUACUAGAUCCUUCAAGUGAUACAGUAAAAUGUACAAUGUGGGAGCGCGGAUCAACAUUACGCGCAGAACUAUCGGCAGUGGAUAUAAGUUGGUACGUGGUAGCGCGUGCUGAGAGAGCAAUGGCGGCUGACGGGUGUCUAUGGUCCGGGUUGGUUAUGGCCGCUCUGGUCGCGUUGAUUGGACCGGUUUUGAGGCUUAUUCAGGUUUCCAUAGAGCAGGAAGGAAGUACCGAGGAAGAAUUGCAGUCGAUAUCCCUUAUGAGUAUACCAGCAGUUGUCGGUAAUUACACUCAAGGAUCUCCGUUAUGUGUAUUUAAUGGCGCUUUUGGGGACAAUCCUUGGGAGGUGUCAACAAACAUGCUAUCCUGCAUAUUACGUUUCACUCUAAGCGGGCUAGUAUUCUUCCUCCUCGCGGUAUCGGAACGUGCGUACAAACAACGCUUUCUGUACGCAAAGUUAUUCUCGCACCUGACGUCCGCGAGACGAGCGAGGAAAUCCGAACUGCCGCACUUUAGAUUGAAUACAGUGAGGAAUAUCAAAACUUGGCUCUCUACUAGGUCUUAUUUGCGGCGCCGUGGACCUCAACGAUCAGUAGACGUUAUUGUAUCUGCUGCCUUCAUGAUCACAUUAACACUAUUGGCCUGUGUUAGUGCUCAACUUCUAAAGGAUUCUAUAACUCUAGAAAGGAGUUGGUUACUCGAAGCGAUGGUAUGGAGCGGCUGUCUCGGAGUCUAUCUAUUGCGUCUAUUGACCCUUGGCAGUAAUGUGAAUAAGAAAUACCGUGGAUGUCUGUCCGCCAUACUCACGGAACAGAUAAACUUACACCUGGCCAUGGAGCAGCGGCCAGAGAGCAAGGAACAAUUGACGGUAGCUAAUAAUGUGCUGAAGUUAGCUGCGGAUCUGCUAAAGGAACUGGAUGCACCAUUUAAAAUAUCAGGAAUCUGCGCGAAUCACUACUUGUACACUAUCACUAAAGUGGUGAUUCUAUCUGCUCUGUCGGGCGUGCUCUCCGAAAUGUUGGGUUUCAAGCUAAAACUACACAAAAUUAAAAUAAAAUAAUUACCUGUAGUCAAUAAAUACCUACAAAUUUUAUUAGUAGUGCCACAUUAGUAUAAGAAUCUUAAAUUUUUAUAGAAUCGUCAAUAGAUCCAAAAAAAUAAAUUUGGCUGUUUUGACGUAAAUAAGUGGACUGAGUUAGUUUUAAGGAAUAAAAAAGACGAAUUGUUGUUAGCGCAAACAGACCAAUAAAUAUUUUAAGUAUUAGGUAGAUACUACAUAUUUUUAUUAUGUAUAAGUUCGAAUAUUUAAUUUUAUCGGAUAAUAUCUCGAAUUAAGAUUAUACGCUUGCGUCAUUUGCUUUAUGUUAAUUCAAGGUGCAUAGAGCUCAAUGCCAAAAUAAAGAUACGUAUUUUGAGAGGAUUUAAUUAAGCACGUUCUGUCGCUUUUAAGUUCGUAUUUCACGUUUUUACUUCAAUUGUGUUUUUUACUAUAACAUGAAAUUACCUACCUCUACUUAUAAUUAUUUUCAAAUACUCUAGUUUCGUACCUAUGUUAAACUUGCAAAUUAUUUUUGCUUUUGACUGUUUAUUUUUAGACACCAAUUUUUAUUUGAUCGACGUACUCAGUCGUUGUUCUAUUUUUGAAAGUUCCUUGUUCUGCUUGCGCUAACAUGCUAGCUGCGAGAAGGAUUUGAAUAUUAAUAUUAUAAUAAUGCACUUUUUACCUUUCUUAGAUGUCUGAAUGUAAUGUUACUAGAACAUGCAUCAAUGCAAUUUUGUACUGUUAGUUCUUUAAAUAGAUUUGAUCUCAUAGAAAAUCUUAAUAAAUCUCAUUUUAUAGAUAAAACCUUUCUAAUUGCUGUUUUAUUCAUAAUAAAUACCUACAUUACUACUUCUUUUGGGUGCUAAUUUUUCUAUAACUUACUUAUAUGAUAAAUAUUUUAUGUUAAUUGGUUGAAAAUUAAAAGAUAUUAUAUUGUGUCGAUCAUGGUUAUAUACAUAAAAAUAUUGAUUCUUUAUUUAGGUAUAUAGAAUAAGCUAUGGCCAGUCUGCCCACAUUAUCUAUUAUUUUAUGAUAGAAACUUAUAUUAGUAUCUACUUGUCCCCUAGGUCUUUUGUAUUAUUUCUUUGUUUCAUUUUUUGCCAUAAUAGCGUAGCGCUACCUAGUUAAGUGUAAUUACGUGUAAGUAGCAUAAAAUGCUAUAAAAAUUAGUACCUAUAAUAAAUAUCUUUGAAAAAUAUUAU